AUGGCAGAGUAUAAGUAUCUAGAAUAUAUUCCUUUCCCGUGGACUGGUUGUAAUAAUAAGGGCAUAUUCCUUGAGACCGAGCUGGUUUUGGAUAUGAUGGUCAUCUCAAUGUUAGAGUAUCAAGCAGUCGAUUUCAAGGAAGCUAUACCUGGACAUCACAGCUCUGGGAAACAAUUAAUUCGAGGCCUGUUUUCCAAAACAACUCUUCGAAACAAUCCUCUAUCGAGUCAGGGAGAUUCAUCAACAAAUCGUGGCGUCAUAACACCAGUGAACUCUGAUGAUGGUUUACCAGAUGACUCUACAAACAAUGAAAGAAAUACUCGCAUCCGCUUCAAACCCCACUCGCCCAUCUCACUCAUUCAACCGACAAUUUCCGCUUCGCACAACUUUCAGGACACGAUGCCAAUGCUUCCGUCACAUCCCCAGCAUCGAGAACCUACUGGGAUUGGGUACGCAAUAUUUUCGCCGUCCACACAUCAUGUCCCUAUUCUUGGGACUGGAUAUCACGCGAAUGAAAUCGGAACGAGGAGACGAACCAUUUUCCCCGCGCUCACGAAGUAUCUUGCUACAGAGCUGGGUCGGCAUCUUGCAGUCAUGUGUCGCAUGUACAACGAUUAUGACUCGUUGGCACGCGACAAGGCGGAAAAGAAUCUCAACAGCGUCAAUUUUCCCGAGGUUGAAAAGUGCGCCGGAAGUUCAAUGACUUUUCAUGCAACGGAAAAGCAGACAACGACGGAACUGCAAGAGGAAAAGCGUAUUGAUGGAAAUCGCAGAAUAUGA